AACAAUAAGAGCUAGCAGAGCAGAAUGGAUGCGAUGCUACAAACCUGAUCGACACAUGUUAGCAUCCUGAUCCAAGGAGGACUCCGUACCCGGAUGUACAGUGACUGACACGGAGAGGGUUCACCAGCUGGACUCGAACUGGCUCGCCAUGGGGAAGGGCUGUAAAGUGGUGGUGUGUGGCCAGGCAGCAGUGGGGAAGACUGCCAUUUUGGAGCAGCUGCUGUACGGAAACCACUGUGUAGGCUCCGAGUCCAGCGAGACGCAGGAGGACGUGUACGUGGCCUCGGUGGAAACCGACCGCGGUGUGAAGGAGCAGCUGAGGCUCUACGACACUAAGGGUCUCCACGAUGGACAAGACCUCCCCAAGCACUACUACUCAGUGGCAGACGGCUUCGUCCUCAUCUACAGCGUCGACAGCUUGGAGUCUUUCAAGAAGGUGGAUUUUCUGAAGAAGGAAAUAGACAAAUCCAGAGAUAAGAAAGAGGUGACGGUCGUGGUGCUGGGGAACAAGACGGACCUGCGGGAGCGUCGGCAGGUGGACCAGGAGGUGGCGCAGCAGUGGGCGCGGGGCGAGAAGGUGAAGCUGUGGGAGGUGAGCGUCACCGAACGCAACUCGCUCAUCGAGCCCUUCACCCAGCUGACCAGCCGCCUCACCCAGCCUCAGAGCAAAUCUUCCUUCCCUCUGCCAGGGCGCAAAAGCAAAGGCACGCCGUCCAACGACAUGUGAUACUCUGAAGACCCCCCCCCCAACUCACACUCCUCUGCUCCUGCUAUCCACAGGCUGCAUUCACCUCACAUGGGAACAACUAGCAGGACAACAGGGAUUGCCUUUAGCUUAGCAACAUGACCUUAACUGCUACUGUGUGCAUUUGACCAUUUACACACAUUCGUUCACGUAUAUGAACAGCUAAGCAUUGUGGGAAGUUCACUUAUUGACUGGCUUUGUGAAAGUGAGAGGAAAAGAUCAAUAUAAUGCCUGUGUGUUAAGUGAGAUGGCUCAAAAGAUCUCUAUUUAACAUAUCAUCUAAUUUUCAUAAAUGUAAAACCAAAAGGUUAAGUCAUCGAGCGCAAGCUCUCUGCGUAAGAUCGAUGGAACCAAAUCAAAGACAAAGUCACUGUGAUGACAACACUUAAAGGUCCAGUGUGUAAGAUUUAGGUGAAAGGGAACUAUUGGCAGAAAUGUAAUGGAGAAUAAUCCUCAUGAUGUUUUCACUAGUUCAUUUCAUCUAAAUUGUAUGAAUUGUAG